AUGUCUUCAGAACCAAGUUCUACGCCUUCAGGUAUAAUCACUACUGAAACGAAUGAACGACUUAUUCCCUCCAGUCGCCGGGCCGAUGGCUCAGUACGCAGAGAACGUCGAGUUCGUGCUGGUUAUGUACCACAAGAAGACGUCCAAAUAUACCAGAACCGCCACGUUCGAAAACAGGAGAAUCUUGGUGCGAUCACUGAAAACUUGGAAGCUUUGAAUUUACGUGAGGGCAAUGAUGGACAACAAAGUGGCGAGACACUAACAAACAAACCGCAAACAGAAAUUGAGAUAGCAAGAAAGAUCAGGACAUUGGAAAAGAAGCUUAUACAAAUCGAUAAACUUAAAGAAAAGGCUGAUCUUGGUGAAACUUUGUUGCCUGAACAGCAGGAAAAAGUUGACAAAUCGGAUUCAUUGAGAGAGGAACUUGAUGCUUUGAAGAAAUUACUCAAUAAAUAG